AUGCCAAGCCUUCCAGACCCUGAGGUCGUCCGUCACCCUCAGCACGACGGCGCUGUUGAAAGCCAUGAGGAGGUACACAGCACCGACCUGAUCCAGGAGGAUUCGAUGUACAGGCGGAUCAUAUGCAAAAUGAGGCGUCAUGGUGUCGAUAUAACGUGUCGGGUCGAACAUGGCCAAGACAGUGCCUGA